AUGUUUUCAAACAAUUCAAAUUCAAUGUUUAGCAGAUCCCAGCCUUUUGGUGCAGCAUCCAGUACAAAUAGCACAUUUGGUGUUCAAAAUAAUUCGCUUUUUGGUAAUCCUAAUAAUAAUAAUGGUAUUAAUAAUAACACUGCACAAUCUGGAUUUGGUGGAUUUACGCAAACUAAUAAUAACAACGGUGGUGGCUCAAUGUUUGGCAAUAAUAUGAAUAGACCUCAAGGUGGAUUAUUUGGGUCGAACCAAACUCAAAAUAAUUCUCCAUUUGGUACACUGAAUAAUAACAAUAACAAUAACUCAUCAACUGGCGGAUUAUUCGGAGGUGGAAUGAACCAGGUUAAUAACACAACUAAUUCUUUUGGUUCUUUCAGUAAAUCUGGAAUGUCUAAUGGGUCUCUCUUUGGCAAUAAUAACAACAAUACUAACAAUAAUACUUCCAGUGGGAUGGGUUUGUUUGGUAAUCAACAGAAUGUUAACUCAUUUGGUCAGUCACAAAAUAAUACAUCUAAUAUGUUUGGAAACAGUACCAACAACAACAGCAAUAAUAAUAGUAAUAAUAAUGGUUUAUUUGGAUCUAAUUCUCAACAAAAUAGUAGCGGCCUAUUUGGAAAUAACAACAAUAACAUGAUGUCUUCAGGAGGGUUGUUUGGUAAUAAACCAAAUAUGGGUAGUUCAGGAGGGUUAUUCGGACAAACUAAUAAUAAUGGUAUGUUUGGGCAGAAUAGUAAUAACAGUAACAACAACAUGUUUGGACAAAAUAAUAAUAAUAAUGGUAAUACUGGAGGGUUAUUUGGCCAAAAUAACAAUAACUUUAACACAGCUAAUAAUGUGUUCGGAAGCAAUAAUAAUAAUAAUAGUAGUAGUAGUAAUACAGGCACAUCUUUAUUUGGUCAACAAAACAAAAUGGUAACUGGAAGCCUAUUUGGUCAAAAUAAUAGUACUUCUAAUAAUAUUUUUGGUCAAAAUACACAACAAAAUAGUAUGUUUGGUAAUAAUGCAAACGUUAAUAGUAAUACUAACAGUGGCUCUGGAAUGUUUGGCCAACAGAAUAAACCUAUGGGCGGUGGUUUGUUUGGACAAAAUAAUAAUACACAACAAGGUGGUGGUCUGUUUGGACAACAAAACCAACAAAAUCAAAAUAACAGUCUUUUUGGACAAAAUAAUAAUAACAUGCAACAAAAUAAUGGAUUGUUUGGACAAUCAAAUCAACAGCAGAGCAAUGGAUUAUUUAAUCAGGCUACUAAAAAUCAAACAGGCACGGGCCUCUUUGGCCAAAAUAAUAGCAUGGAUAAUAAUAAUAAUAAUAAUAAUAAUAAUAUGCAGAGUUCAGGGUUGUUUGGCGCAAAACCAAAUAAUACAAUUGGAGGUGGUUUAUUUAGUCAAAAUACUACUCAAAAUUUUUCUUCAGGAGGUCUAUUUGGUCAAAAUAAUUCUCAACAACAAAAAUCUGGUGGCUUAUUUGGCAACUCAAGUGCAACAGGAUUAAGUAAUACUGCUUCAUCUGGUGGUUUGUUUGGUAAUAAACCUUCUACAUCAACCACUGGGGGGUUAUUUGGUUCAAGUAAUACUAAUAAUAAUUUGUUCCAAAAUUCUUCCAAUUCUAGAUUAUUUGGCAAUAAACCCCAAGGUAGUACAUCUUUAUUUGGAAAUACGUCUGCAGCUACAAAUAAUGCUUCUGCAAAUACUGGUAGCACUGGUUUGUUCAGUUCGAAUAUCAACAACAACAAUGUUGCUGCUUCAACAAAUGGAACAGGUUUAUUUUCAUCCAGCAGUAAUAAUGUUAAUGCUAACAUCAAUACAACCUCUUUAGGUUUUGGAAAUAACGCGCCCUCCACAGGAUUAUUUGGAAGUAAGCCAAUUGGUCAAACAGGAGGUCUUCUCUCAACAAAUAGCACAAAGUUAGGCACCACCCAACAACCAUCAACAGGUCUUUUUGGUAGUCAGAUGAAGACAACUAAUCCAUUGAAUACAGGGGGUGCCCUCACUCAACAACCUUCUUUAUUACAACAAAAUCAAAUUACAAACAUUGGUGGGAAUUCUGUAACUUCAUCUGCAUCAACUAUUGAUGAGAGUCUUUUUACCAAAAUCAAUAUUCCACCUUCUAUUACACAGCAAGAAUCUGGGUCAGAUAGAGUGUUAAAUAUUGAUAUCAGUAGAAAAAAUAGAAUAUACCCUCUGCGUAGACAAGCUGUCAAGUCAUUAUUUGCAUCUAAGAAAUUAUUGGCUAAUGCAAGUUUGUCCAUUUCAGAUACUGCAACUAAUAAUAACAGCUUUUCUAAUUUCACCAAUGAUGCAGUAUCCUUAUCGAUUUCAGGAUCUACUAUAACUUCGGGAAAUAGUAAUAAAUUAUUAUUUAAUCCAGAUAAAGCACAUUUUAAAAAUUUGAUUAUUAAGAGAAAUACAGCUAGUAAUUUACCUUCUACUGGUGAUGAAGAUUCCAUCAAAAGAAUAUCCUUUGCUGUGAAUGACUCAAAGUCAGAAUCCGGUAAUAAUCUUUAUAGUCGUGCUCAAAGUGAAGCUUCUUCUGAUAAGGACAAAUCAGAAUCCAUCAUAUCUAUUCCAUUGCCCAAAACUCCAAUUACACCAGCAUCAUCUAUUGAAUCUAUAGAUGACACAAAACACAGAAAACUACCAGUAGUGUUAAAUGAUGAUGUAUCUUUUACUGAUGAUGGAUAUUAUAUUUCACCAUCUUUAGAAACGUUAAAAAAUACAGAUUUAGUGGCUUUGCGUAAAAUAUCUAAUUUAGUGAUAGGUCAUAAAGAUUAUGGAAAAAUUCAAUUUUUAAAAUGUGUGGAUUUAUCUAACAUUCCUUUAACUUCUCUUUGUGGUUCUAUCAUUAAUUUUCAAAACCGUUCCUUCUCAGCAUAUGAAAAUUCAUCUGUUAAACCAGAACCUAAUACAGGUAUCAAUGUUUCAGCACGUGUGACAUUAUUUAACUGCUAUCCAUAUACUAAAGGUACUAGAGAACCUAUCAGGGAUUCAAACCAUCCAAUGGUCAAAAAACAUAUUCAGACAUUGAAAAAUAUUCCAUUGAAUCACUUUGAAAGCUAUGAUCCAAAGUCAGGGACAUACAUAUUCACAGUUGAUAAUAUUGUUGUUGUAUAG